UGAGACAGCCGCCACAUGGAUUGUUAAGCGAAAAACAGGUACCCGAACCGAAAGAUCGAGCACGUAGAGGAGCUCAAAUUAUUCCUCUGAUUUUCACACGCUGACUUGGAUCGAGUGAGCUCGGGGAUGGAAGGCGACAAGCACCACUUCGUCCUGAUCCACGGCGUCUGUCACGGCGCGUGGUCCUGGUACAGGGUGGCCACCGCCCUGGAGGCCGCCGGCCACCGCGUCACCGCGCUGGACAUGGCCGGGUGCGGCGCCAGCCCCGGGCGCGGCGAGGAGGUGGCGUCCUUCGAGGAGUACAGCCGGCCGCUGCUGGACGCAGUGGCGGCGCUGGCGGAGGGCGAGAAGGCGGUCCUCGUCGCCCACAGCUUUGGCGGGCAGAGCCUCGCGCUGGCCAUGGAGAGGUACCCGGAAAAAGUAUCCGUGGCCGUGUUCGUCACGGCCACCAUGCCCGCCGCAGGGAAGCCCAUGACGUACGCGUUCAAACAGCUAUUGCAAGGGAAAGGGCCAGAUUUCUUCAUGGAUUCCACGCUCGGAAGCACCGGUGAUCCCCGGAAUCCGGAUAAGACGUUUCUGUUCGGACCAAAGUACAUGGCGCGGAGAGUGUAUCAGCUGAGCCCUCCUGAGGAUCUGACCCUGGGAAUUGCGAUGGUGAGGCCGUCACGGCGGUUCCUAAAUGACGACACCAUGAACGGGGACGUCCUGACGUCGGCGAGGUACGGAGCGGUGAGGCGUGUGUACGUCGUGGCCGAGGACGACGAGUGGAAGCCGCCGGGGAUGCAGCGGCUCAUGGCCUCGUGGAACCCCGGCACUGAAGUCAUGGGAUUGCAGGGAGCUGAUCACAUGCCCAUGUUCUCAAAGUCGAGGGAGCUCUCAGAAUUACUCAUGGUGAUUGCCAACAAGUACCCAAGAAGCUGAGUUGGUUAGAUGGCUUUACUGGAAGCGACAAUCACGGGUCUAAGGCCUGGGCUAGGUUGUUGGUUGUUCUCACACAGGUCACGAUGCCGCAGUGUAAGGUUUUCUCUAUGCAAAAUGUUGGGGAGCUGUCUUACCUCGUAGGUCAAUUUGUUUCUUCA